AUGACACUCCUGGGGUCUGAGCACUCUUUGCUGAUUAGAAGGAAGUUCCGAUCAGUCUUACAGUUACGGCUUCAACAGCGAAGGACCCAGGAACAGCUGGCUAACCAAGGCUUGAUACCACCACUGAAAAGUCCAACUGAAUUCCAUGACCCAAGAAAAAGUUUGGAGAGUGACAAGACUGAAGAUUCCCUAAAGCACAAGGGCAGAAACAGGUCUGAUCGUGGCAGCCUGGUUAAUAUGCACAUUCUCCAAGCCCCCACGGCAGAAAGAUCCAUCCCAACUGCUCAGAUGAAGCUGAAAAGAGCCCGCCUCGCAGAUGACCUCAAUGAAAAGAUUGCUCUCCGCCCAGGGCCCUUGGAACUGGUGGAGAAGAACAUCCUGCCUAUGGAUUCCUCAGUAAAAGAGGCUAUAAAAGGUACGGAGGUGAGUUUCUCCAAAUCAGCAGACGCGUUUGCCUUUGAAGAGGACAGCAGCAGUGAUGGGCUUUCCCCAGACCAGACUCGGAGCGAUGAUCCCCAGGGCUCUGUGGGAUCACCCCCAGAUAUCAAAGCCAUUGAGGCUCCAUUGGCUGGCCCUCUGGACACAAUCCAGGAUCUUGCUCCUGGCUCAGAAAGCAACAAGAAUGAUGCAGCCUCUCAGGCAAGCAACCAGUCGGACUCCGGGAAGCAGGGGCUCGGCCCCCUCAGCACCCCUCUCCCUGUGCAUGCUGCUGUAAAGUCCAAGUCUUUGGGUGAUAGUAAGAACCGCCACAAAAAGCCCAAGGACCCCAAACCGAAGGUGAAGAAGCUUAAAUACCACCAGUACAUCCCUCCAGACCAGAAGGCAGAGAAGUCCCCCCCACCCAUGGACUCCGCCUAUGCCCGGCUGCUGCAGCAACAGCAGCUCUUCCUGCAGCUGCAGAUCCUCAGCCAGCAGCAGCAGCAGCAACAGCAGCGGUUCAACUACCCUGGGAUACACCAAACCCACCUCAAAGAACCUAAUGAACAGAUGGUCAGAAAUCCGAAUUCCUCCUCAACACCGUUGAGUAAUACUCCUCUGUCCCCUGUCAAAAGCAGUCUGUCUGGACAAACUGGUGUCUCUUCUCUCAAACCAGGCCCCCUUCCAGCAAACCUGGAUGAUCUCAAGGUGUCCGAGUUAAGACAACAGCUUCGAAUACGAGGCUUGCCGGUGUCGGGCACCAAGACGGCACUGGUGGACAGGCUUCGACCCUUCCAGGACUGUGCUGGCAACCCUGUGCCCAACUUCGGGGACAUCACGACUGUCACCUUUCCUGUCACACCCAACGCCUUGCCCAGUUACCAGUCCUCCCCAUCGGGCUUCUAUCACUUCGGCAGCACGAGCUCCAGCCCACCCAUCUCCCCUGCUUCAUCGGACCUGUCGGCUGCAGGGUCCCUGCCAGACACCUUCACUGAUGCGUCACCUGGUUUCGGCCUGCAUGCGUCCCCGGUGCCAGCCUGCACCGACGAGAGCCUGUUGAGCAGCCUGAAUGGGGGUUCCGGCCCCUCGGAGCCCGAUGGGCUGGACUCGGAGAAGGACAAGAUGCUGGUAGAGAAGCAAAAGGUGAUCAACCAGCUCACCUGGAAGCUGCGGCAGGAGCAGCGGCAGGUGGAGGAGCUGAGGAUGCAGCUGCAGAAGCAGCAGAGCAGCUGCAGCGACCAAAAGCCACUGCCCUUCCUGGCCGCCACCAUCAAGCAGGAAGAUGUCUCUAGCUGUCCCUUUGCAGCUCAACAAGUGUCUGGGAAGGGACAGGGCCACAGCUCUGACAGUCCCCCUCCGGCCUGCGAGGCUGCUCAGCUGCUGCCCCACUGUGUGGAGUCCGCAGGUCAAACCCAUGUACUCUCGUCCACGUUUCUCAGCCCCCAGUGCUCCCCUCAGCACUCACCCCUGGGGACCCUGAAGAGCCCCCAGCACAUCAGCCUGCCCCCCUCACCCAACAACCCUUACUUCCUGCCCGCCUCCUCUGGGUCGCAGAGAGAGAGCCAUGGGGUCUCCUCACCUAGCAACAGCCAAGGGUGCGCACAGACCUCGGGGGCACACGAAAGCCAUCCUCCUAGCUUCUCCCAACCAUCUUCCAGCCUCCAUCAGCCCUUCUCUGGUACCCAAGCAGACAGCAGUCACAGUGCUGGGCUCAACCCUUGUCCUAAAAGCCCUGUUAUCCAUCCAAAGAUGACUGGUUUGCAAUCUUCUGACAAGGUGGGGCCAAAGUUUUCAAUUCCAUCCCCAACUUUUUCCAAGUCAAGUUCAGUGGUUUCCGAGAUAACCCAGCCCCCAUCCUAUGAAGAUGCAGUAAAGCAGCAAAUGACUCGGAGUCAGCAGAUGGAUGAACUCCUGGAUGUCCUCAUUGAAAGCGGAGAAAUGCCUGCUGAUGCCAGGGAAGAUCAUUCUUGUCUUCAAAAAGUCCCGAAGAUACCCGGGUCCUCCUGCAGCCCUACCACCAUCCUCCCCAAGUCCUCAGCUCCCUUUGAACAGGCAUCUUCGGGAGGUCAGAUCUCCUUUGACCACUAUGCCACCGACAGCGAUGAACACCUAGAAGUCUUACUGAAUUCUCACAGCCCCAUGGGAAAAGUGAGCGACGUCACCCUCCUCAAGAUCGGCAACGAGGAGACUCCUUUUGAUGGAAUCGUGGAUGGCUUCCCAGGGAAGGCUGCCGAAGACCUCUUCAGCGCUCACGAGCUCUUGCCUGGGCCCCUGUCCCCGAUACAUCCGCAGUUAUCACCCUCAUCAGUGGACAGCAGUGGCCUGCAGCUGAGUUUCACAGAAUCCCCCUGGGAAACAAUGGAAUGGCUGGAUCUUACUCCACCAAACUCCACGCCAGGCUUCAGCAACCUCACCACCAGUGGCCCCAGCAUAUUCAACAUCGAUUUCCUGGAUGUCACAGAUCUCAAUUUGAAUUCCCCCAUGGACCUCCACUUACAGCAGUGGUAAACCCUUGAGGAACAAGGGCUAAGGGAGCUUGAUAGAGAUUCCAUGGAGAAAGCACACAACCAGAAACACUUGUGUGAUCCAAAAGAUGAAAGGGAAAAAAUGGGGAGAGGGGGGGUAAAACAGCGAUGGAGGUUUUUGUGACAGUCAACCAGAACAAAUAGCAGGCAGUCAUUAAGAUAUGUCUGAUGUAAUUCCUACCAGCAUUCAGUAACUGUUGAAAACUUCAGCAAUGCACUCCAAAUUGUGCUUUCUCAGAUUAACAAUGCCAAAAUUGUCUUUCACUGCCUUUUCUCAUACCAGAAUUUUUCUAGCCCACAGUUUGUCCCAGGCAUUACUGGGACGUAAGUUCACAUGACAGUUUGUCUCAGGCAUUACUGAGGCAUAAGCUCACACUGUUGACUUUUGUUAUGAAUUUACUAAACAUUCUAUGGAAGGAAAAUACAGCCUCCAGAGAGGGCAGGGAAGCCAGUGCCUCAGAGGUUCUGGAAGCCGUGCCAUGGUGGAGGCAACUUCCUACUUGUCCAACAUCUAUCUGUCAGAAGAGUAGGGCCUAUUUCAGCCGAUAGAGUCCUUAAGGCAAAAGAGAGGGACAAAACCAAUCCAUUCCAAAAAAAAAAAAAAAAGCAACAGCAACUCAGUGCCCCUCAAGCCCCAAAUUGUCCCACUGGACUGGUGAUCACUGACAACAGCUAACUAGCAUUGCCCAGAGAAUCCAUUCAGAACAUGUCACUUUUUAACCAGUAAUCCAAUUGUUUCUGCCAUCUCUAUGAUCGUCAGCAAUGUAUAGAAGGUGAGAAGCUUGAAUCAAAAGAACUUCAUGCCGUGGCUCUCAAAUAUAACUACCUCUAGUUCCAAAGACUAGAAGUAAAACCAUCAGAAAGGCAACUGGAGGCCCAGGAAGUCACACUGGGGCAAGUUAGAAUUGGAGAACAAUGUCAUUUCACAUUCCAGGAAAGAAACACCAUGGAUUGUUAUUAUAGAACUAAUGAGCAGGGCCAACU